AUGCUACCUGAAACCUUAAACCACCAUCUGCAACCUUAUAUCACCAUCUACAACCACCAUCAUGAUUUCCCUUUCACGGACAAAAUCAUCCCAAAGAUUAUGUUUACUGUUGGGGUAUCCCCUCCAUUUCUAUACACAGACAAAAUCAUAUAUCCCCUAUUUAUCUUAGAUUUCUUCAAUCAACCACCACUGAUGUUGCAUUCCGCACCCCACCUCCUCCUCUUAUCCUCCUCCUCCUCCGCCGUUCUCGUCCCUCCUUUCUCCCUCUUUCCGAAUAGUCGUUUUCUCAGAGUAUCUACCAAACCCUACUCUCUAUCACACCAAUAUUCGACCAGGCCUCUUGCCUCAUUGCUAGCUCAACUCCUCGAUUCGGCCUUGCUUGAAGAUGGACCCAUCGAACUCCCCUUUUGUAUACCUUCAUUUAUCUCCACCGACGAUGACCCUACCACUCUCCAAGUCGCCACCAGCGUUCUCCUCACCGGCGCCGUCUCCAUCUUCCUCUGUCGCUCCCUUCGUCGUCGUACAAAGCGCGCCAAAGAAUUGGCUCAUGUAUCAGUGCUAUCACAGGGGUUUGAUUUGUAUAAACCCUAA